CGAUUCAGCAACACACUGUCUUUGGGGCUUUUAGUGUUGCACCUGCGUAGUAUAUUAAGGAAACCAGUUGAACAACAUUGGAUAUGUGGAUUUUUGUUUGAACAACAAAUCGUAGGUUUAAUACAUCAGUUAUCUUACAGAUGAGUGCUAAAUAAUGAGCGAGUAUUCUAAAUCUACGAGAACUAAAAUAAAGGACUGUUUUAAAUUCUUAAGUCAAGAAGCAAGAGAGUUCUCGCUAGGUGGUGCAGUUCAAAGUCUGGACGCAGUACCCAGUGCCCUCGCGUUCUACCGAGAGUUUGUGUCGCCCAACAAACCAGUAGUUCUCCGUGGACUCAUUGAUCACUGGCCGGCACUCACCAAAUGGUCGCCAACCUAUAUCCGAGAGAAGAUGGGUCAGCAGACUGUGACUGUGACACUGACUCCUAACGGGUACGCUGACGCAGUGCACUGUGGGAAGUUCGUGAUGCCGGACGAGAGACGGAUGACGAUGGGAGAGUUUCUGGAUGCCCUAGAUCACAACGACCACGUGCCCGGCGUGCCGUACAUACAGAAACAGAACUCGAAUCUCGCGGACGAGUUUGCGCCGAUCAUUGACGACGUUGAGUCUGAUCUCAGUCUCGGGUCCGAGGCUUUUGGAAAAGCCCCAGAUGCUGUUAACUUCUGGAUGGGUGACGGUCGAGCAGUCACAUCAAUGCACCGUGACCCAUAUGAAAAUCUAUAUUGUGUCGUGUCUGGUUGGAAGACGUUUAUUCUUAUACCGCCGACUGAUCAACCAUUUGUGCCUUAUGUGUUGUACCAAGCAGCAAAGUAUAAGUUGAAAGACUCUGGGGAGUUUGAGAUUGAAGAUGACACUGAUUCAGGACAGGUUCCCUGGAUUGACAUUGAUCCGCUGCGACCUGACCUGACAAAGUAUCCAGACUUCGCCAACGCGCACCGUUACGAAGUGACUGUCAAUGCCGGGGAGACCCUGUACCUGCCGGCGAUGUGGUUCCACCACGUGCGACAGUCACACGGCUGUAUUGCUGUGAACUACUGGUAUGACAUGGACUACGACAUCAAGUACAACUACUACAAGUUUGUUGAGAAAGUGAUGGACGUGGUCAAAUGAAGGAACAGCGUGCCACUAGUGUGAUAAUACAGCCGCAGGCAGUUAAGGAUAUUCCGUGGGGAUAACAUGACUUUGUGUUCCAGGCCAUGAAGUUGCCAUGCUGCACGUCACUGCACCGGUCUCUGGCAGUAGAUUCUAUUCCUCAAAUCCCAUUCCAACCAGUAUGGAUACCCCCUGCCCUCAACCUUCCCUGUCUUUUCCUUCCAUCUCUAUGGCCAGCAUCUAUUGUUCAGCUUCUUUUGACGUGUAAAUCCACAUCCCAGUCCUUGUCUCUCCAACUGUGACAAGUGUUUUGUCUCUGGUGGUCAUCAUUUCACACAACACAAAAGCUGUGGUGUGUUCUGCCCUGUCCGUUGGUCGAUGCAUAUAAACUGUUGCCAUGAUCGAUUGUGUCAUUGGUGUUAUUUAUUACUCACUGAAGAAACUCACCGAUAUUUAAUGGAGGCAUGUAAAGGUUGCAAUGUGCUGGUUAUGAUUGUAAGCGGUUGGUGUAGAAACAACCAAUGUAUCACUGACCAGGCGUGUACAGGAACUUAUGCAGUGUGUGUAUCUGUGUGUGUGGGUUUUGGGAUAUAGACUUUGGCGAGGGAAGCUUCUAUGGGUGGGGACAGGUCAUGCUCCUACAUAAACUAUAUUAAAAAAGAGAGGAUUCACUUUGAAACGUCCCCUGCAUUUGCGCCUGUUCACAAGAUUAAAGAUUGUGAUUCAUCAACUAAA